GGAAGACCGGCAUCUUUCAGCACGAGAACAACUCCAUCGACACCGGGCAGGUCGACAUUGGGAAGAGGGCGGCUCAGAUCGUCCCCCCGGGGGUGUUCUGGCGUUCUCAGAUAAACAUGGACCAACCACACUUCCUGAAGUUCAACAUCUCGGUGCAGAGAAGCGCGCUGAUCGGAGUCUAUGGAAGGAAGGGUCUCGCAGCUUCUCACACUCAGUAUGACUUUGUUGAACUAGUGGACGGCAGCCGGCUUAUUGCCAAAGAGCACUGGGCGCUGAGCGAAUCGGACACAAGAACCCGGCUAGAUCAUCCUGUCACCGUCCACCAGGCAGGAUUCAUCCAGUACCUGGACUCGGGGGUGUGGCACUUUGCAUUUUAUAAUGACGGCCGAAGUGUGGAAGUUGUCUCCUACAACACCAUCAUCCAGGAGUCUGUGACAGAAUGCACACACAACUGCUACGGGAACGGAGAGUGUGUGGCAGGAUCGUGCCACUGUUUUCCUGGAUUCAUAGGACCCUACUGCUCCAGAGCCGCCUGUCCCGUGCUCUGCAGCGGUAAUGGCCAGUACACUAGGGGACGCUGCCAGUGCUUCAGCGGCUGGAAGGGCACGGAGUGCGACGUUCCUGCCUCCCAGUGCAUCGAUCCUCAGUGUGGGGGACACGGACUCUGCGUGGCGGGAAAUUGUGUGUGCAACACGGGCCACAAAGGAGUCAACUGUGAUCAAGUGGACUGUGUGGACCCGGCGUGCUCCGGUCACGGAGCCUGUCAUCAUGGUGAGUGCCACUGUAACCCGGGCUGGGGAGGGAUCAGCUGUGAGAUCCUGAAGAGCACUUGUCCAGAGCAAUGCUCCAGUCACGGCACAUUCAACACCGACACGGGAACCUGCAUCUGCGAGGCCAAGUGGACCGGGGCCGACUGCUCCAUAGAGGUGUGUGUGGUGGACUGCGGUCCCCACGGCUCCUGCAUCGGCGGCGUGUGUCACUGCGAGGAAGGCUGGACGGGACCAGAAUGUGAGCAGAGGGACUGUCACCCACGCUGCAUCGACCACGGCGUCUGCCGGGAGGGCAAGUGCGACUGCCACCAGGGCUGGACGGGUGAACACUGCACCAUCGCCUUGGAUUCCAGAGUUUCAGACGGCUGUCCCGGGCUUUGCAACAACAACGGGAGGUGCGUCCUGGAUCAGAACGUCUGGCACUGCAUCUGCCAGUCAGGAUGGAGAGGGCUCGGCUGCGACGUCGCCACCGAAACGCUCUGCUCCGACGGCAAGGAUAACGAGGGAGACGGGCUCACUGACUGCAUGGACCCGGACUGCUGCUCUCAAAUCUCCUGCCAGGGUCAGACCUACUGUCGUGGCUCAGCUGACCCCGCUUCAGUCGCCAGCCAAGGCCAGGGGGCAGCUGCCCAGCCCUCAUCCAAGACUUUUUAUGACCGGGUCAGCUUUUUGAUCGCUGCCGGUGGCAGUCAUGUGAUACCCGGGGACAACCCUUUCAACAGCAGCCUGGCGUCAGUCAUUCGGGGGCAGGUCCUAACAGGAGACGGGACGCCGCUGAUUGGAGUCAACGUGUCUUUCCUUCACUACUCGCCGUACGGCUACACCAUCACACGGCAAGACGGCAUGUUUGACCUCUUGGUGAACGGCGGCGCCUCUCUGACGCUGAGUUAUGAGCGAGCCCCGUUCCCCACGUUGCACCGCACCGUAUGGCUGCCCUGGAACGUCUUCCACGUGAUGGACACAGUGGUGAUGAAGAGGGAGGAGAACGACAUCCCCAGCUGUUACCUGACCGGUCUGGUCAGACCCAACCCCCUCAUCCUGGCCUCGCCACUCUCCACUUUGUACAAGACAUCCCCAGAAGACAGCCCCAUCAUCCCAGAGACUCAGGUACUUCAUGAACAAGUGGCCAUACCAGGCAGUGACCUCAACCUGGUCUACCUGAGCUCCAGGGCAGCUGGCUACAAGCCCAUCCUCAAGGUGCUGCUGACCCAGGAUCGUCUCCCCUUCGGCCUGAUGAAGGUGCACCUGAUGGUGGCUGUCAUGGGCCGUCAGUUCCAGAAGUCUUUCCCCGCCUUCCCCGACCUCUCCUACACCUUCAUCUGGGAUAAAACAGACGCCUACAAUCAGAAGGUCUUUGGCCUGGCAGAAGCUGUGGUGUCGGUGGGAUAUGAGUACGAGUCCUGCCUUGAUGUGGUGCUCUGGGAGAAGAGGACUGCCAUGUUACAAGGCUACGAACUGGAUGCCUCCAACGUGGGCGGGUGGAUGUUAGACAAACAUCACAUACUGGACAUUCAGAAUGAGAUAGGUGCCUCUCUGAGUUACCGGCAGGUGGUCUUUACCCUGAAUCACUGCAGUAAAGGCUUGAAUCAGAAUGAAAUAUGGUUCGUCAUCCCAUCUGGAGAUAAUAGAGGAGAGUUUUGA